GCAGGGUCCAGGCCGCGAGCGCCGGCGGGCCGCUUCCGCUCUCGGCGCAGGCGCGGCAGGUCGGCCCGAGCGCGGCUGGGGUCGGGAAAAGAGAGGACGCCGCGGGUCAGGAUGGUGCUGGAGUGCGUGGCCCGGAUCGUGAAGGUGCAGCUCCCCGCGUAUCUUAAGCGGCUCCCAAUCCCGGAGAGCAUUACCGGGUUCGCCCGGCUCACAGUUUCAGAAUGGCUUCGGUUAUUGCCUUUCCUUGGAGUACUUGCACUACUCGGCUACCUUGCGGUUCGUCCAUUCCUCCCGAAGAAAAAGCAACAGAAGGAUAGCUUGAUUAAUCUUAAAAUACAAAAGGAAAAUCCCAAAGUGGUGAAUGAAAUAAACAUUGAAGAUCUGUGUCUUACUAAAGCAGCUUACUGUAGGUGUUGGCGUUCUAAGACGUUUCCUGUGUGUGAUGGGUCACAUAAUAAACACAAUGAAUUGACAGGUGACAAUGUGGGUCCACUAAUACUGAAGAAGAAAGAAGUAUAAUAGUAAUAAAUUAGGAUGAAUUCAAUUGUAUGCUGUAAAAUCUUAUAACUAUUUUUUCAUUCUUUGUGUAUAAAAGAUCUUUCAAAUGGUGUUUUAAUUAUUGCUACUGGUUGAAUAAUUAUUUCUGCCAAUUUAUUUUCUUGCUACACUACUGUUUAUAUUUGAUACUUUGUAUAUUCAGUCAUUUACACAGAAAUUAAAUUGUGCAACUUUUUCAUUCUGACAUCAAGGAAUUAGUGUAUCUCUACAAUAAAAUCAACACUUGAUUUUAAUUAAUUGAGAAAAAUCUAAGUUUUUGGCAGUGAGUCCAAAGCUAUUUCUUUGAAUAUCAGUAUUUUCAACAGAAUCUAUACUUUAAAAUUUUCUCCUUACACUAUUUUAAAUAUAUAAUUUUUUAGUGUUCCACUGUUUUGAUCAAUUGAAGUGAUUUUUUUCCCCCUUUGACCUUCAUAUUCCAUUCUUUUUAGAUCAGUAAGAAAAAUAAUAAUCUUAAGAACUCCUUGAGCUUUCAAAGGAAAACUCUUUUAUUUAUAAAUAUUGUUUUCUAUAAAUACGACUCUCCCAAUUUCAGAAAAGAUUGGGACUGGGUAUAAGAACAAUUACUUAUAUUAUAAAAGAUUUGUUUACUUUUCAAGGCUUAUUUGUGUCUGUUUACAUGUGUUGUGUGUAUGUAUCUUGAGCCGUCGAACUCAGUGACAAAGUGGGGUGAGGUGUCAAGAACUCUUAAAGCUAAACUCAUGGGCUGCUGCAAUUUGAAGUUCAUUAGAAAUAAAAUAUAUAUAAAUUUA